CUCCCCGAAGCGACAGACAGCGAGAUCGUAGCUUUAGGCGGCGGGUCAUGGAGGAGGAGAUGCUGGCGGCGGACGACGGUCUGCCCGAGCCCAAAAUAAACAUCCAGCAGCGUGGCUUCGCCAGCAAACGCGCCGCGUUAAAGACGAGACACGAGCGACCCACUAUGGUGGAGAUCCCGCAGCUGGUAGACGGAGCGGGGCAGCGGCGAUCACACGCCAUGGCGCACACACAUCCGUACCAACCUCGCCACCAUCAUAACCAUCCGAGACUACAGCUCCAUCAUCACCCGGCGCUGAGUGUCAGCGGCCAGCAGCAGCAGCAGCAGCACCACCAACUGCCUCUCAUGCAUCGCCUCCCCGCUGAUCUCAGGCCCAGAGUCGCGACCUCCAGCUCAGCAUCAGCAUCCUCAUCAUCAUCAUCAGCGUCCAUCUUCAAUCACCAGGGGAGAGUCCGUUACCCCGCCGGUCAUCAGUCUCCAGACUGUAGCUACGGAAUAAGUUCAGAAAACCGGCUGAUCCUUGAUGCUUUUGCUCAGCAGUGCAGUCGAGUACUUAGCCUCCUGAACGGCAACGGAAGUCUGUUGGCACCACAGCGGCCGCUGAGCCCCCCGUCUUCCUCUGUCAAUUCCAUCAUAAAGCAAGAGGCCGGAUGCUCACCUGAGCCAGGAAUUUCCAAACCUAAAGCUGAGGAGCAUGGUGGAAGAGUGUCGGCGGGCAGCAUUGAAGACAACUGUCAGCGCAGGAACCACUGGAACCCACAGCACACCUCAACCCUGCUGCAGGUCUUCACUGAGUCCCUGCAGAACUACCUGCUGGCUGGAGCUACAUCAUCCAAGGGUGAGCGCCACCACCAUAAUAAACCUGAGUCUGCAUCACCUGGACACAACCUGGGAGGCUGGGUAUCUCCGGCUCCGUCCGAUUCGUACGGACACCCUUCCUCCACGCUGCCUGAGGAAGAGGAGGAGGAAGGUUGCUGCCCACGCUGUAUAGAGCUGGAACAGGAAGUGUUGAGUCUUCAACAGGAAAACGAAGAGCUGAGGCAAAAACUGGAAAGUCUUCCAGCACCAUGUCAAACCGUGUUGGAUUUCUUUAAGGCCAUCCUGCAGCACUACAACCAGUUCCUGCCACCCCCACCUGAGGAGCAGCUCACAGAGGCCUGUGCAAGGAGUGCAUUGCAAGAGUUUUCAGACCACUUUGAGAUAAACAGCCUCCAAACACCGAAAACAGAACAGGGAAGUAAGCAGCUGCUGGGGAACUAUCCUCUCUUUAUCACAAACAAACAGUGGGACGAAGCAGUGAACUCAUCAAAGAAGGAUGGGAGGCGACUGCUGCGCUACCUUAUCCGCUUUGUCUUUACCACAGAUGAGUUAAAGUACUCAUGUGGCCUGGGCAAGAGGAAACGUUCAGCUCAUAUAAGCGAGGCAGGACCUGAGAGACGUCCACUCAACCCCAUCAAAGUCAGCUGCCUCAGAGAGUUCAUCCGGAUGCACUGUGCCUCAAACCCAGACUGGUGGAUGCCAUCUGAAGAGCAGAUUAAUAAAGUGUUCAGUGAUGCAGUGGGUCAUGCGCGCCAGGGCCGAGCUGUUGGCACCUUUCUGCCUGGUGGAAAUGGAAGUGGCAGCAGUAGCUGUGGCAGUAGUCUUUACAUGGACAACUACGAUGGACAGCUAUCCCAAGAUGAAAUCUAUAUAAAGGGCUCACAGAACGGCCUUGGUGACUAGAGGUCCUCUUGAGGGGACCAAUGCUACCUGGCUGUUAUGCACUUUUAGGACCCUUGUAGACUGUUGCAGCUAUGUGAUCUAUGUUGAAUCUUUAAUAGACUAAUAAGUUAAAAAAAAAAAAAAAAAAAACAAUCAGACAAACCACCAGAAAACUAGCAUUCCAGAGACCCUCUUUUGUACCAAUACAUGUUCUACUGUGUGCAGUGUUAGUUCAAUAUCUCCAGCCUGCCUAUUGUACUAGUGUAGCACUGUACAUAGUGUAAAACAAGUUGUUGUUGCAGGUCAGUAUUGGUUCUGUGUUGUUCAUGUAGUCACUCACACAGGACAGGGAAAAUACAUACAUUCUUACAUCACAUCAUUAUUGUGUGUUACUACACAAAUUCAGCAUAGUGUAUGUAUUUAAGAAUGUGAUGAGAAAAUGCUCAUGAAUGUAUUAAUUAGGUAAUCUUAUUUGUAAAUAGAAAGUGUGCUUCCUAGUGUCAAAGUCGAAAUAUGCACACAACAUAAUAAGGUGCUAUUUUAACAGUUUAUUUUAUGAACAAGUACACACAGUGGUAUUCAUGUGAAUUACCGUAACUGGUAACAACCCACACAGAAACUACUAUAGUGCUCCCACUCCCUGUUGUGGAGAAACUUCCGCCUGCUAAAUGUCAGUCAGAUAGUGAGUGAAUAAGUGAUUGAGUGAGUGGUGCUAUACAUCUGAAAAUUGCACUGUCAGAA